UACUUUUAUUAAUGUAGUGGAAAUGACAGGAAAUGUAAUUUUAAGAUUAAAUAAAAAAAUUAAGAUUGGCGUACUGGCCUGCUUUGGCCAUAUUUACAAAAUUCCCUGUAUUUUUAAAAUAUUUAACAUGUUUAAAAGAUUUAACAGCUUUAAAGAAAAUGGAAAUUUAAGGCCAUAAACAGUGUGGUAAUAAUUAUUUUCAGUUUAGAAAAGAAAAUCAUUCAACUUUAUUCUCAACCUGCCACUUGACAUUUCACCAUUUAAAAAAAAAAAAAAUCUAAAUUCUGUAAAAAUCAUCCUAUAAAAGCCAAAUAUUUCAUCAAUGCCUUAACAUUUAUUUAAAUCAACAAAAUUUGAAAACAAAAACAAAACUAAUUUCCUCAUUUUUCUUGGUGCUAGGCUUCACUACAGUGACACUUAAAUCCACCAUAAUCAGAUUUAAGGUUUAUUCCCAUCCCCCAGAGCAGUGACUGCAGCUCUCAUUGGCCACCUGUUGCCAAGUGUUGCCACUGGGACUUGUUGCUGAUUGUCUGAAAAGCAAACAGAACCGAGUCACACAGUCCCUCUACAUCAGAGGGGACUGUUCUUAUAUAUGGAGCAUCACCUGAUCACCUUUCUUCCUCUCAGCUACAACUUCAUAUCUGAAGGAUGGUAGGAGACAGUUGUAUCUAGAUGGUUCACUCCUAAUGUAUGACUCCGCGACUUCCACAGUGGUCAUGGUUUUAAACAGAGAGGAAGACCUUUGGUAAAGCUGAAGGUUUCCAUCUCAUCUAUCUCCACGUCUCCUUCUCUGCUGUAUUCAUGGAUUGGUUCAUGUCUCCUGCUGAUGAGCUGCUGUCCAAAUAUCUUGGCCUAUCCAUCAAUGUGUGGCUGACUCUUGUGUUUGGCUUCUUAAUUGUGCCAGCUGUACUUGGAGUCUCUUUUGGUAUCCAUAAAUAUUACAUGAGGACACUUCUCUGUAUAUUUGAGUGGGCAACCUUACAAAUGGAGCUAAAGGCAAAAGAGAAGAAUCAUCAACUCUACAGACACUAUACCAGUGGCAUCGUAUCCAAAAUGCCAGAUUCAACUUUGCGCCAGGAAAUCCAGGAUCUUCGGCGUACUGCUGACUGUCUGAGUUUGGAGCCGCGGUUUGACCUCGCUGAUGUCUUCUUCUUCUGUCGGAAAGGCUUGGAGAGCAUUUUAGAUGAUGAUGUGACCAAGUGCUUCUCGGCGCAGGAACUGGAAAGCUGGAACUUGCUGACAAGGAGCAACCUCAACUUUCGCUACAUAAGUCUAAAACUUUUAGCCCUUUGGGUUCUGGGAGUUGUAAUCCGCUAUUGUGUACUACUGCCUUUCAGAGUAACUGUGGCAGUAACAGGAAUUUUUCUGUUCAUCGUUUUAAGCACCGUGGUGGGAUUCCUACCCAGCACAAAGUUAAGAAGAUACCUUAGUGAUACCGUGCAUCUGAUGGGUUAUCGCCUGUGUGUUAGAUCUCUGUCUGGAGUUAUCACCUAUCACAACAGAGAAAACAAACCAAAGAAUGACGGCAUCUGUGUGGCCAACCACACAACACCAAUAGAUGGGAUCAUCCUGGCCAAUGACCGCUGCUACUCUUUGGUUGGUCAGUUACAUGGAGGCUUGCUGGGAAUGAUCCAGAGAGCCAUGGAAAAGUCCUCUCCUCAUAUAUGGUUUGAGCGAUCUGAAGUCAAAGACAGACACCUUGUGGCCAAAAGACUUAGGGAUCACGUUGCAGAUGAAAACAAACAUUCAGUCCUCAUCUUCCCUGAAGGUACUUGUGUCAACAACACCUCGGUGAUGAUGUUUAAGAAGGGGAGCUUUGAAAUUGGCUGCACCGUCUAUCCUGCAGCCAUUAAGUAUGAUAGUCGCUUUGGAGAUGCUUUUUGGAACAGCAGUCAGUCUGGUUUGGUGGGAUACCUUCUGAGGCUGAUGAGCAGCUGGGCCAUUGUCUGCAGUGUUUGGUACUUGCCACCAAUGAACAGAAAGGAAGGAGAGGAUGCAGUGCAGUUCGCCAGUCGAGUAAAAUCUGCCAUAGCUGCCCAGGGAGGGUUAGUGGACCUCACAUGGGAUGCCGGACUGAAACGAACCAAAGUGAACGACGCUUUUAAAGAAGAACAACAGCAGCUUUUCAGCACAAUCCUUCUGAGUGACCAUGAGGACCAGAACCACAGCAAACAUGUAGAGGGUGGAUGUCCAGAAGGGGACAAAGGCAACUGAGUUAAAGUGAGAGGACAACAAAAACCAGUAUGUCUGUUAUCAUUACAAGGUCUCUUGCCCUGCUCAGUAACACAACACAUGGUGGCAAAAGCCAUUAAUAAAGCAUAAGGUUUAUAUCUAUUAAGUUUUCACAUUAAAAAUUAUUUUUUUAAAUUGUGCAGGUCAGAAAAUUCGGAGAGUCUCGUAAGUGUGUUUUGUUCUCAAAUAUCUCUGCUCUCUGAUUUAUUAUGGAACUAGGUUCUGUGAAUUUCAUUAAACAAGCCGACUCUAAAAUACAAUAGUUUACUAAUUUUCCAGGUUUACAGAUGCUUGCACUGCAGCCAUUACAUAACAGAGACUAUAGUGUUGCCAGCAUUUGUACGGCGGUUUACUAAUUGGCUCAAGGCUCUAUGUUUGUCUGCACCUUUAAUCUUUGCUGGACUUUGCAUGCUGCAGUAAGCAAGGUGAAACACAUUUUAAAUUUGACUGUUUGCUAGUUUAAUAUUUAACUAGAAAUGACUGGUUUAUGAAUUUUAAAUAAAAACGUUUUUCUCUU